AUGGCUGAAAAAGGAGAAGAAAGGACUGGGAACAGAAAUGCUUCAAUGGUCAAAGAGAACGGAGAAAUCCAAACGACUGUCUCUCCAAAAUCAGGACACUUAAUACAAGAAAAUGGAGAAGAUGAGGGUAAAGAUCACCAAGAUGAUGCCAUAGUAAAUUCUUCUGCAGUUAAAAUGGGAAGGAGAAAGUCUGGUAAAGCUCAGCAUUGCUUGAGUAGCAGUAAACAUGAAAUAACUGCAAAGGCCACAACUUCAUCUACUGAAUCAUCUCAUGAGAUAGACUUAAAACAGACGCCUGCCUUAGCUGCAACAAAAGUUAGAAGGACAUAUUCACUAGAUUCAUUGUUGUCAUCUAGUAGUAGACACGGAGAGUUCCUAACCAAUUCCAAUUCCCAGAUUACCAAUUCCGUUAAAAUGAGUUCUGCAAACGAUUUGGUUAGGAAAGAAGAUGGACUGCUGGGAGAAGCAGAAACUCUGUUUCAGGCAGCCAAAAAUGCCACUUCUAACUUUGAUAAAGAAAACGAUUGUAGUAAAACAGCUAAUAAGGAGUCCACAAAAGAAAUGUGGGAUGAUUGUUUACAUUCACUCAAAUCAAAAAGUAAGACAGUUAAUGAAGAACUACAGAUGAGUAAGGGAGAAUUUUGCUGUAACUGUCAAGUGGACACUCACUCGGAGCUAACAUCGGAUGUCCAGAUGCUUCAUUCCAGUACCACUAUAUUUCAGCAGCAAGCAGAUCAGCAUACAGAUAGUGCAAAUAAAGAUAGUGAUCCAAGAAAAAGUGAUAUGCAAAAAAUUGUGGUAACUGUAGAAAGAGAGCAAAAUCCACAGAACUUUCUUGCUAGUGUUCUUUUACCUUUUAAUGAACAAACGUCCACUUUGCUUGGCAUGGAAUCCAAAGAAGAAAAAUGCAUAGCCACAGAUAAUCUAACUACUACAGUAUCAUCUGUUAAAAAUGAUGAAGACACAGUCAUGGACAGGGGGACUUGUAAUGAAGAACUCAGUGAGUUAGGGAAACCAAUGCAUGUACAAAAUGAUCACCGGUUAAUCCAUGUGGAGAAUUGUAAGGAUACUGCCACACAGCAGACUGGUUUACCUUGUCUAGAAACUGAGAGCGUGGAAACAAUGAACGUUUUAUCUGAGGUUGCAGUGGAAAAGCUUGCCAACGUACCGUCAUGCGUACAUGGGUGUGAAAGUGUGAAAGCUAACUGCGAUGAGCUGACAGCACCUCUCUCUGUAACUUACGAGUCUUCUUUUGAAAAUGGAGGCUGUUGCUCAGCCUCUAAUUGCAAGUUCAAAAGUAAAACUAUAGGGAAAAGAGAAGUCAGUUUAAAAGAUGCGAGAGAGGCGCUUUCUCAUCCUGAUCUUGAAUAUGAGAAGAGCAGAUCCUUUGAGCCUGUAGAGAAGAACCUCUCAGAAAACUCUAUUCUGGUCCCCAACCAUGGUCCCGUUUCCCCUGAAACUGUUCAGGACAUUCCUACCAAGGCGUUAGAUACACUCGCAGAAGAUAACACAGCAAAGCCUGCACCUUGCAGUUUAAUCGCCAUUGACAGGACAGACGAUUGUACUUCUGCUGCUUCUAAAAUUGACAAGACUGCUAUGACUGAGGUUGCUCUUGUUCCUUCUGAGUGUAAAGAUUGCAUCUUUGAAGUUUCCUCCCAUAUUUUUAAGUCACAAGAGAAAAACCUGGAGGUUUCUCAUUCUGCCUUGAGAUGUGGAGGAAGACCUUUGAGCAACCAUUCUGCUUUCAUCUAUGAAAAAGAUGUUGAUGUAGACAUCAUUUCUGGAUCUCCACCCGUUUCUGAAGAUAGGUGUAUUAAUUUUUCUUCCCAGAAGGAAAACAGUAAUAAGCCUAGGAUAUCAGCUACAGUACUUGAGUCUUCAUCUGACAACCAAGGAAAAAUGCCUUCUCCUGCUGCCAACUCUGAAAAUGGCUGUAUUGCUAGAUGGUCUGCUGCUUCUGAGCAUGACAGCUUUGUUUUUCCAGCUGCUGAGCCUAGGACAAUAAUCCCUGAGGACAGAAUGACCGAGGUGCCACUUUGCUCAGGAGACCCAAGAGCUUCGUGCCUGGCUGGUUCCCUGGAACUUGAGCCUACUCCAGCUACGCUUGAUAGCUCUGCUGCUGGAGUAGAUGUGGGGGAUGUUUGCAUCCCCAGGCCCACUUUACCUACCCUGGGAUCCAGGGAAGCCUCCAACCUUUCCAUUUCUGUCUUGGAAAUGUUGGAUGUUGCUCAGGGGAACAGUAAUUCUUCCAGGCACGGAGCUAGUGAUGGGGCAGAGAAGGCCUCCUCCACACAACAGGCUGAGAGCGGUGUCUUAGCAGGGGCAAUACCAUCACCCAUCUGUCCUUUGAAACCUUUGGAAAUGGCACCUGAGUCAGAAGCUAUCGCAGAAACCCCUUCUGUGAUGGAGGAUCAAACGGCUGCUGCACCUACAGAGUCCAAUGAGCUCUGUUCUGAGGAAGUCUGGGAAGACACCAGUGUGAAGGGACAAGAAUGUGCUAGAUUCCAAGAUGCUGCUCUUUUGUUUAAAAAAGCUGAGGAAAUAGCGGACUCGGUUUUACACUUGGCUACAGAAGAAAUCAUAGCAAAACAAGCCAUUGGUGUCUGCCAGCUUUGUGGGAGCAAGGACAGUUUAAUAAAUACGGAUAUUCUAAAUGAUUGGCAAGCUGAAACUGUACAGCUGGAAGCAGAAGAAAUCCAGUCAGCUGUGCAGUCAUUAAAACAUUUUAAUGAAAGCAGUGGAGGAGGCUCAUCUUCAUUUACAGGAAAUGAAACAGUGGGUACAAAUAAUCAAGAUGAAAAAAUACUGUCUUACAUCCCUGAUAAAAUUGACCUACAUAGUGCACUUGCACUAAAAGCAAAAGAAAUAGUUGAUGAAGUCAUUAACUCAGCCAAACAAAAACUGGCAUCCAGUCCGUGCCAAGGCAGGGAAAGUAAAAGGCUUUCUGAAAAGGUUGAGCCUAAACCUAAGGCUGGAAUGCCAAAGAUUUUAAACCUGGAUAUGAAGUUACCUGCCAAAACACAGGAACCCCCAGAGAAGGAGGAAAAUCGGAGUGUAACUGUAAACUGUGAAAAGGCAGAUUGCUCAGGUCCUCCUUUGCUUCCAAAUAGUAGGGGAAGUGGCACAGAUUGGCCCCGAAGAAGUGAAAAGAUACCAAAUAAUGCAUUUGCAUGUGAAACAAAUGGAUUUCUACCCACUGGUAGCUCAGCAAGGCCAGAAUCAGAUCUUAUGACACCAGUAAAAGAGAGACAUGAUAGAAAGGUGUGUGAACAUCUGGCUGCAGCAGAGAUGUGUGGAGUAUCAGCGACGAGUAGAAAAUGUUACGGAUCUUUACGUUUAAUACAUAGAGAUGCUACUGUGACCGAAGAGAUGCUUUUGUCAUUGCAGUUAAAAGAUUCAUGCAAUAAUACAAAUAUACCGCAGUGCACAUUGCCGUCAACUAUAAAUGUUAAUUUCUCAUCUUUUAUGCCUGAUGAAGAAUGUAUCGGCAUGCAGAAUGAAUUCAAAGAUGAAAGCAGUCCUCAAGGGUCUCUGGAAAGCCGUGCAGAGGACAGUCUGUAUGAACACUGCGGAAAAGAGGCUGCAGAAGAAGUACCUGCACAAGUAAAAGCAACCUUAGAAGAUUCAAAAGCAGUGGAGAAUAAAGAGGGACUAGCAGAAGGGACGAGUGAGAUAGCAGAGGUUAAUAGUGGAUUAAAUACACAGUUCGUUGUACCUGAAUUGUCUGUUACUGCAGAGGACAGUGAAGGGAAAAUCUGCUUCAACACAGUCUUUGCCCAAAAUAAUGAGAAUCUGAAGCAGGGACAAAUGAAGGAUCAAGACAUGAAGAGAAAUGAUCAGCUUGAAGAAAAUGGUCUGGACUGCAGCAAUGACAUGAAGGAAUCAACAGAUCUUUUGGCCUUUUCUCCACUAAUCGAACAGUGGGAAAACAGUUCUUUUACUAUCAUUUAUGAAGGUGCCCUUCAAACUGAGAACAAAUCUGUCUCAACUGAUGAUAUGCCAACUGGUUUGCUUUCUUCCUCUGAUUUGCCUUCAGAUAAUAUGGAUCAUCCAAUGUGUGAAAGAGCAAAGAAUAAACACGAGCCAACCUGCCUUUAUGGGAAGGAUAACAAGUUGAACGAAGCAACAGAUAACCGUAGCUCAGAGUCAUUUCUGAGCGUGGAGGCCAAGCGCUAUAGAGUAUAUCCUUUCUCUUUGUCUCCAAUAUAUGAAGACGACAGCUCCCAAGAAGACUUACUUUCCACAGACGUGUCACCAGAAGGCCGUCUUAGCGGAAUAUCUAAAGAUAACACUGACCAUGCUUCUGUGCUUUCCCUUCUCCAGUCGGUCUCUGAGCGCUUACAGUUUACUACCCGGUUCGAACAACUUGACCCUAAGGAGCAACCAGAACUGUUUCCAGAUGCAGCUUCUCCCAGUCAAACACCUUGUAAGCCAAUUUCACAGAAAGCUGAUGCCACUUUAAAGCAUCCUCCAACAAGUGUGUACUACCAGUAUUUGAAAUCUGCCACCAAUUGCUCCUCUGAGAAGGGGAGCAGGUUUGGAAGCAUUCUCCAGGAUAUGUUGCAGCCAAAGAUUCAUUGGUAUCAAGACAACACCACGCCAAAACUGGAAGAACUGUCAGCGAACCUCAUUGACAGAGCGAGUCUCAAAUACAAUCCAAGACCGGGAAAGAUUAUUAUUUGUGACAUUCAUGGUGACAAAACUAAACAAGAAGUUCAUUCUGAUGUGCUAGAUACCACGUCCUGGAUCUUUCCCACUGGAGCAUUACUUAGGAUAAUUAGAGGAUGUUGGAUUUUUUAUGAGAAACCGAAGUUCCAGGGUCGGAAAUAUGUACUAGAAGAAGGAGAGGCUGUGCUGGAUCACCUUUGGGAUCUCCCAGGUGUGAAACAUCAUCGAAGAAACCUUACAGUUGGUUCAAUCAAACAUGUAACAAAGGACUGCGGCGUUCCAGAGGUAGAGUUCUGCCCGGCAGCUGGUAGUACAGAGGGACUUCCUAUCUGCAUACAGAGUGCAGUUGCCAAUUUAGAAGAACUGGAUGUUGAGAAAAAUCCUUAUAUAAGAGUCAAAUCAGGAGUAUGGCUUGCUUAUUCAGACUUUAAUUACAAGGGAGAGAUGAAGGUUUUGGAAGAAUGCGAUUCACCAUCUGAAAUUCCUUCAGCAGAUGUAAAAUCUCUGCGUCCCUUAAAAAUGGGUGGACUAAAGGUACAAAUGCCAAUGAAUGUCAAGAUAAUAAUAUAUGAGAAAACCCACUUUGGAGGAUGGUCCAAAGAGUUUUCAGAAAACAUCACUUCUGUCCGAGCUCUGUUUGAUAGUGAAGAGGAGUUUCAGGAAAUUGGAUCAAUACGUGUAAUUGGUGGAGUAUGGGUUGCCUGUGAUAAGGAAUGCUACAAAGGCCGUCAGUACUUGCUGGAGGAGGGAGAUUAUGAAGACAGACACUCAUGGGGGGGAACCGACAGUGUCCUCCUGUCUUUCCGUUUCCUUCAGGCUGAUUUUAUAGAGUCAUCAGUGGCACUUUUUCAGUCUGAUGAUGAAGAUGGGAAAGCAUUAGACAUCGUCAAUGAAGAAGUCCCUGAUUUGGAGCAGGCUGGAUUUGGCCCAGAGACAAGGUCGAUUCUUGUGAGAAGUGGAGUGUGGGUCGCGUAUCAGCAGAAACAUUUCUGUGGAGAACAAUAUGUAUUGGAGAAAGGAAAAUAUAAAUGUUUCUUUGACUGGGGAGGAUCUAGUAAAAUCAUCAUGUCAAUACGACCUAUUAAGUUGGAACCGCUUGGAAUGAAUGAGCCUCCAUAUUUGCUCAAAGCUUUCAGUAACACACAUUUCCAAGGAGCAUGUAUAGAUUUCACAGCAGAAGUUUCUGAUUUUACAUCAUUCAUACCAUGUUCUUUUAAGGUUCUUCGGGGAUGCUGGCUCCUGUAUUACCAAGGGGAAAUCACUGACAAUCACUGUGUGCUGGAAGAAGGCCUCUACGUUGACCUCAGUUCCUGUGGCUGCCCGACUGCUACAAUCAAAUCCCUCAAGCCUAUUCAAUAU